GAACUUAAAAAAUCCGAAAAGAAAAACAAAUAAAAUCAACAAGCUCUCUCCACUCGUCGCCACAUUAAAUUGAAAUUUACAUUAAUUAAAUUCGACAGCAUUUUUUUUAAUAAUAAUUAUUUCCAAUUUAAGCAUCACUUCAAAUCAAACACAUCAUCAUGUCUCAACCGGUUGCAUUUUUAACUCGCAAAGAAAUUUUCAGUGCUUGUCAUCGUUUGAACAGUAAUCAACUUACUACUGCAGAAAAUCUAGAAAUCUAUGGAAAAUGCAAUAAUCCCAAUGGCCAUGGCCACAAUUACAUUGUUGAAGUUACUGUUCGUGGACCAAUUGAUGCUCGCACUGGAAUGGUUAUGAAUAUCACUGAUCUGAAACUAGCAAUGGAUGCUGUAAUUUUUAAAAACUUGGAUCAUAAAAAUCUCGAUAAGGAUGUUGAAUUCUUUGAACAAAUUCCUAGUACAACAGAAAAUGUCGCCGUCUACAUUUGGGAUAAUCUACGCCAGAAACUAAAGAAACCAGAACUUUUGUAUGAAGUUAAAAUUUAUGAAACUGACAAGAAUUCUGUUAUCUAUCGUGGACCAUAUUUCCAAAAUUAUAUAUUCGCUAAUGGAAAACAAAGCGAAAAAGAUUCCUGUGCUAAUAUCUCUUCUGAUUCGGAUUAAAUAAAUCAAUACAUCUUUAGUUUAAUAACUGAAGAUUAUAACAUUCCUCCUAACGAUUUAUUUGAAAAACCAAACAGAAACAAAACAAAAAAAAUGUUUAAGAUACUGACCAACCCAACGAAUUUGAUGGAAAAUUAUAGUGACUGAAAUUAAUUUAAUCUAGCUGACAAUUGAUAAUUUCUGCAUUCAUCUUUUAUGAAAAAAUGAAGAAACUCAUUUGUCAGUGAAUGUUAAUUCAUCAUAAUGGACCAAUGCGAUGACAAUACUAUAUUAUCAAGAAUUUUCAGAUUUUUUAUUAUUAUGUUAACCUCUUUAAUAAAAUCAUACAACAUUUACUGUGAAAACAA